GACGGGCAGGACGAGGCCCGGGCGGGCCCGGGCGCGGCCUCCCCUCAGCCCACCGACGCGAGGCCCGCAGCGCCGGGCAGGACGCGGACCCGGACCCGAAGCCGGAUCCGACCCCGACCCCGACCCCGACCCCACCCUUGGGAGGCAGACUGUGAGCCCGUUGUGGGGCAGGCCUUGUCUUCUAUCUGUUGCCGAAUUAAUAUCCGGGACUCAACCACUUGGAAAGAAUGCACCACCGAGUAUGCAGACACAGGCUGCAGUCCUGGAGAAGGCCUGCCUUGCCUGACUGGGGUUUAGGUGCUGGAUCAUGCCACUAGAUGUGAUGAGACCUAGCGAAACGACGACGUCCUGUGUCCAGUUAAUAUCCGGGACUCAACCAGGUGGAAAGAAUGCACCACAGACUAUGCAGACGCAGCUGCAGUUCAAUAGGAACGUGCCCGCCGUCCCGGACAACCUAGCAGUCAGAUACUCCGGACCCCAUCCAAUUCUGAUAGAGAAACUGAAACCGCCUCCGCCCCCGAAGGAGCCCGGCGUUGGCGACGGGCCGGACGGCAGGAGCUCCGUCCCGUUCUCCGUCGUAUCCGAAGAGAAGCUGAACUUUGCCAUCCACCUAGCCAAAAGGGACGUGAAACGGAGACAGCUAGAGGAGCAAGUGAGAGACGAUGCUCCGAGUGGUGGGACAGGAUCCCCCCGGGGGGCUGGGCAGAGGAGGAGUAAAAUCCCCGACCGCGGGCCGGAGGGGAGUCGGUCGGAACCCGGGGAACCCCUUCGGGACAGCCGGCGGCUCCCCGCCGAGGCGGAGGUUACCAGCUCGGGGGCCAAAGUCUACCUCUACGCCUCUCAGCCCGGACGGUCGCGGCUCGGGGGGCUCAACCCGCCCCCCGCCCGCGAUCCGGGCCCCGAGUUCCAGGGCCACUCCAAGGCCGGGGAAGAGAGGCUCGUGCGAGAGGUUCGGCGGCUGCAGAAAGAGCUGAGGAGCUACGUCCGGAAAAUCGAAGACGUGGUCAGAAAGGGUCGAAGAGAAGAGGCUUUGGAUCCAGACGAAGAACGCCGAGGUCGCGUCAGGAGACGAGAAGGAUCCGUCCGCUCUGCUCGGACCCUCUACGUACUCCAGCAGCAGGUAAAAGAAAUUCAGGAAGAACUGGAUAAACUGAGCCCACAUAAAAUUAAGCAUACUAAGAAGUUCCAGGCCGCGUCCAGACUGGCAGCUGCACACCGAGGAGCGAUCCGGGCCUUGCAAAUGUCCGCAUCCCAGUUCAGCGACCCCACGGAACCGGCCGUGCCCGACCGCUGCCGGGAGCUGGGGAGACUCAUCCGGCAGCUCUCUCUCUGUUCCGCCAAGCUCGGCGCCGACCCGUCCGUGCCCGACGCCGUCCUCGAUAUCCUGCGGCAGAUAGAGGAUUUGAAUUCCCUGUUGGAAAAGAAGUCUUCUCCCCGAAAGGGGAAGCCGUGUUUUCCUGGUAACAAGAGCAGAUCUCCAGCCACUGGCAAGCUGGCAGUCGAGGUUCAGUCCAGUCCGUCUCCUCAGAGAGAGAAGAAACCGCCUGUCUCAAAGGAGAGACUUCCCCAGGAAGCCGAGAGCCCCGCAGUGACCAGAAAUCUCCCUGCCGAAGAGCCUCCACCCGGGAUAGACAGGUCCGAGAACUGUACGUCCAGGAGCCCCCCGGACUCAUCGGAUCAAGGGAUCUGGCCCCGGGAAGACCCCCCGCCUCCCCCCCGAAACGCCGCUUUCAAAACAAGCGUCGGGGCGCCGAUGAGAACGGGAGCCGGGCAGAAAGGAUCGACGACCGAGCCCUGGCCUCUGGGGGAUAAGGGCGUUCUGUUGCCUCCCAGAGUACAGGGGAGUCGGAAGCCGGAGAGGUCGAGACGCCCCCAGCCUCCGGUCAAGAACGUCAGGUUCCUGCAGACGACCGUGGCGUCUAGACUGAAGAAGAAGCAGCCGCCCGUUAGGGACCGUAAAAAACCUUGGAUCCCACCGAGUCCCACGUCCCCCCCUGCUUCCCCUAAAUGCGCUGCUUGGGGAAAGGUGAAAACCAGCCCCACAGAUACCCCAAGACAGCCACCGGCCCCUCGGCGGAAGGCAACUCGGCGGGGAGGAUCCUUGGGGGCCGUCGAGCAGGAAGCAGUCAGGUCAGAGGGGGCUUCUGCCGGCCAGUUGGCCGACAGGGUCGAGAAGGUGGUCCUGGAGCGUCUGAAGCCUCUUUUGGACAGAGCCCAGAAAGUCAAUUUCACUUCGGAAACAAAUACUCAUUUGAAAGAUUCUUCGUCUGUAAACAGACUGUCAACUCAGACUGCUGAACAACCCCCCCUUCCCUCCCGACUCACGUCCCCCACACCUCAUGCUGGAAAGGCUCUGGUCAGUGCAGACGGACCGAACGAAGACGUCCCGGGCGAUCUUUUGGAAGCGGCGGCUCGAGGACUCCGGGAGCGGAAGCGUCCCCAGCUCCGGCCGGCGACAGCGGCCGACGUCCCCGACAGCCCGACCCUGGAGACCAUGUUGGAAAGGAUGGAAGAAAUGGAGCAACACCAGGAAGCGGUUCGUCGAAGGUAUCAUCAAAUUCUCUACGCCGAUCCCCGUCUCUGGACACAGGGAGAGAAAAUGGGUAGAGGAAGCGCUUCGGUGGACCGGAGGCCGUCGUCUCCGCGUCCGAUCAGAAUCACCAGGACAGUGGGCCACAGAACGCCGGAAGUGGACAUUGUCUUAGAACAGCCUUCGGAGGGGAUCCUUCCGGAAGAAGGCGCCGAGGUGGCGGGGAGUCCGGAAGGAGGAAGAGGCCCCGGGCGGUCGGCCGGGCCUCGGCCGAAGCGGGGCGGGGUGCCCCUCUCCGUCCCGAGGGCCGCCCUGAGGAGCAUCGAGGCCUACAGCGGCCGAUACGCGCAACACCUGAAGAUGAUCUCGCACGAGCCGAUCGGCUCCUUCGAUCCCUGGCGCGUCGCUGAGAGCCUUGCCGAAGAGCUGCUGGACGAAGCCCUGGGGGACGUGGCGGCCGAACUGCGGGACGUCUGUGAGGAUUACGCGGAGGCCGUUUUCACCUCGGAGUUCUUGGAGCCGGCCGAGUGACCGCCCCUCGCGCCGGCGGCGGCCGGGGUGCGGGACGGUCCGCGACCUUCCCGGUCCUUCCGCGCAGGAGGCCUCCGUCCCGCCCGGGACCCGGAAGCCGCCGCCUGGCCAGCGAACGAGGAGUGUCGAACGAACCCCUCCCGGUCCGGCGUUCCUCCGUCGGCCGAGCCGCCUCUUACCUCGGCCGUCCCGACGGGCCACGUUCCCCCCGGCCCCGGGAACGUAUGAGGUUGAAUUUUCCGAAGGGAAACGUUUUCCCGUGGGGACGGUCGUCCCUCCGGGUCCGUCCCGGGCGGGUCGGAGACCGUCCCGGGAAGACGGGGGAUGGGGCGGCGUCCGAUCCAAGCAGACGUCCGGCAUCCGAGGGAAUCCGCCACCCCCUGGGAACCUCUAACGCUGACGGCUUAAAGGUCACCCAGGUCACGCAGAUCGCCGGCCCCUCGCCCACACGGAGACCGGUCUGGGUUUUCCUCUUGGGGGAUUCCUGGGAUUGGGAUUCAAAGCUUGGAAACACUGGCAAACGCUGACCUGGCUACUUUCGCCUCGCUACAUUCAGCGUGCCGUCCCGGCCUCCUCCUCCACCAAACCUCACCUUUUCCCGUGGACAGAUGGCAUGUCUCCACCGGGAUAGUCCGGUGUCCUCGGCAGCCUUUAGAUGGGAGGGCGUAGGCUGUUUUCUUUAACUGUGGAAGUGAGACUCCCAGCCCAGAUGAGCGAGCAUUUUUAAACCGAGAACACUUGAGAAGCUAAGAGGACAGUCUGCCCACUGGGCCUCCGGAUUCGUCCUCCUGUUGAUACUCUGUCUAAAGAUGGGAAUCCCACCUGUUUUGCCACCCGUUAACGUUGCCCCGAAAUGGCCCCCUCUCCCCCCCCCCCCCCCCCCGGCCCCGGGGAGACAACUGGACAUUAGCCAAGAGCCCGUUUUCAGCAGAGCGACCCACCUUUGUUCCAAAUAUCUAAGCGACGCGAGCCGAAUUUCCCCCCGACGGUGAAAAGAGGGCGGGUUUCUACCUUCCGGUCGGGCCCCGGGACCGCCCGCCGAGCUCCCGCUAAGAGCCACCGUGCUCGGCCCUGCCCUCUGCCCGUCCUCUCGGCGCUCCCGCGCUCCAAGAAGAUGGCGGCGGAUCUCCCUUCUCCCCAGCGGCAGGGCUCCGGAGGAGAGGAAGAAAGGAGGCGUAAAUCUGGGGUAAACUUCAGACGGGCUCCCGAGGAAAUGAGGUUUGCCGUAAUCAGCGUGAGCCGGGGACCGCCUCUAAACGGGAUUUCGGGCUUCCUAACCAGUCCGGACUUCAGCGGGCCGUCGGCCUGUCGUCCCAGCGUUAAGAUUCCGAAAGGAAGAGAGGCGGAUUCAGCGAAGGCCGCGCUGAACCUCUGGACUGGGGAAAGCCACCCGGAGAGCUCGGGGUAUUCCCACGUGGACCCGAGGAAGAAGUCAGACCCUUCCCCGGGGAGAUGGGAGACGCGACACCCGAGCCAUCUCGGAUCCUUUUCCCGGAGCCGGGAGGCCCGCGUCCGACGAUUCGUCCCGAUUGAUGACGUCGUUCGACCCAGAGUGAAUCGUGGCUCGCCGCUGGGAACUCUCCAGCCCGGCUCUCUAACUUCACUGGGUAAAUUACUCACUUAGGAAAGGUCUCCGGGAUUCAUUCUCGCUCGCGUGUCAAAAUUGGAUUUGUGAAAGAGCUCGGCGGGGGGAAACUCAUCUUACGGGGCCACUUUCCAGGCGUUUUCAUGUAUUUAUGUUUUUGGAAAUAAACUCUAUGUUUUUAA